UAUUUGAAGAGGAUGAGUUUCAAUGCAAGGAGGAGGACGAAGUAUCCAUUCCGAGGGCGUCUUUAAAUAAAUUCAUCAAAGAUGUCGUUCCUGAUGCCAGACUGACAACAGAAACACGUGAACUUUUGUUGAACUGUUGUCACGCCUUCAUCCAUAAGUUGGCUACACAAGCUAACAUUGCUUGUGCGUCGGCCAAAAAGAAGACAAUUAGUCCGGAGCACAUCUUUCAAGGGCUUGAUGCAAUGAAUUUGUCCGCCUAUAAGGAACGAGUUGUUGUGGCUAGUGAGGAAGCAAAAGAAGAACUCAAGGGCCGACGAAUGUUAAGCGCCAGCUAUCGGUUUAAACACCAGGAUAGCGAGGAACUGGAGCGCUUGGCACGAGAGCAACAGGAAAUAUUUGAACAGGCGCGAGCUGAUUUUGUUGGCGAACAGCUUGAUCGGGGCGAUUUGCUCCUUGCAUCCGAACUGGCGGCUGCGGAUGCAGCAGCAUUACAAGGUCCCAUAGUUGGGCCAUCGGCUGACAAUCCUACCAAAGGCAUGUGUACCAACUUCUUAGCGUAUAGCUCUCUUCAUCCCGCUGGAGAUGCACAAACCAUUCCCAAACUGACCGGUUCGGAACAUGCGCGCCUUGGUGGCGCGUUGAGUUUGAACGUUAAGCACCAUGAUGAUUGUGAACGAAUUGUCAGCAAUAUUGGAUUCACGAUGGGUAUCAUUGCACUACUUGGUGUCCCUCCACCGCUGAGCAGCACCAGAGUCAAACUGAUCACACCGCCUUCAGAUACCGACGGUGCGGUUCUGUCCUUAAUUGCUUAUUGUGAAAUAU